UCUAUUUAUCGAAUCGAAUCGAUGCGCCACGCUUGAAGCUUGCAGAAGAAUUUUGGAAUUCGGUGUAUUGUGGGCGAAGCCAUACGAGGCGGUUUCAAUGGGGUGGGUGUGGAGGGACGAUGAACCUGACGAGUUCGGUUCAUACGCUGGCGGAAUUAUCCCGGGAGACAAGUGCUCCAUCAGGAAGGCCGUUAUGUUGAAGUGCAGAACCGAGGAGGUCGAGCCUGGAAAGUUCAUCAAGAAGUGCGAGAAAACCGAACAGGUUCUCAGGGAUUCCAUCGGCAAGCCUGUUGAGGUGGUAGUGUCCAACAAAGAAUACACUGCAGAUGAUGUCACAGAUGAGGUUCUUAAAGGGUCGGUCUCUUUUGAGACCCCAGGUAAUGGGGCAUUCAACUUCCAUGGGUUACGCAGUGAUAUCGAAGCCAUGACACGUGGCUUCUUUAACAGCCUCAACCGUGUCUUUGAAGAAGCUGAAGAGAUGAAAAAUGGCUUUUUUAAUGUCUUUGGAGCUCCACGUGUGUUUAAUGGGGAGUCUUCAUCCUCACCAUCCAUGAGACGAGGGAUACCUGUUGAAGACCAUCCUAGGGAAGAUUCCACUCCUAAACCAACUGAGCCUGAUUCAGGACAAGUUGAUAUUUCUGGAUUGGCUAAAGAUGUUUGAAGCAUGGCAACUGUAGAUCUUCACGUUGUUGGCGAAGGGUUUGUAGAGAAAACAAGUACAGUGACUUUUCUGUUUGUAGCCCCGUUUCUUUUUUUAGCGUAUAAAGAGUGCGUCCUUUUGAUAAUGAAAUGAUCAAAUAUCCCAUAUUGUAAUGACUAAGUGUAGAGGGCAGUUGAACUUUUGGUAUUUUGGUCAACUCUAUAUUAUGUUGAUGAUGAAAUCAUUGAAAUAAUCAAAAUAUCUUAUAUUUGUACCGAA